AUGAUACCUCGAUUCGGUCGGAAUGGACCUCGCUCUAAGCAAGGCUGUACCACUUGCCGCACCCGCAAAGUGAAAUGUGACGAGCGACGACCGCUGUGCGCACGCUGUGCCAAAAGCCAGGUCAAGUGCGAGUGGGAUAAACCGGCGAGGCCUCGUCGUCAGCCACCCUCGAGGCAAGAACGUGGUAAUAAUAUUGCGUCUAGCCCUCUCCGCCAGGGUGGCGAGUUAAAUCCAAAGCGAGGCCAGGAUGCCAGCGUCUCAGACGAAUCCCACAGUGUUGAGUAUACGAUUAUUAGCAGCCCGCAUUGGCCUCGCAGUGACUCUGUUUAUUCUGACUUCGACGACACCCCACUGUGGCCAACGUUGUCGACGGCCCAUAUUCCUCUGUCGAACUCGGUUAUUCUCGACCACCAGGCAUGGGAGUGCUUCAACUACAUCCCGAGUUCAGUUUUGGCAUUGUACUUGGGAAAGCCUUGGAAAUGGAGUAUGUUGUCCUACGUGCACUCGACCAUUGCGAGACAGGAGCCAGGCGUCAUGAGAGCCUUCGUUGCGGUGGCCGCGAUGGAGAUGAGUUGGCUCCAUUCUCCAUCCAUCGAGCAGGAGAUCGAAAGCGAGGAGUCCCGUCUGAGAAAGUUGCGGCUGAGAAGACUGGGGCUGAGCUAUUACCGCAUGGCACUAAAGGACCUCUCUGUCGUCUUAGAACGCGCAGCGCACGAUGGCCGGACUGAUGCCGAUGUAGACGCUCUAUUCGCGAUCUGGUUCUUGAUUCUGAACUUUGAGCGCUAUCAGGCCGACCUCACAGACAUCUCUCAUGUCCACCUCAGCGGAAUUCGAUCAUUUCUAUCCAAGGUUUCUUCAGCAGGGGCGUCUGGGAGUGGCUUUGUAUUGCCUCCAGCCUCGCAGCAGCUCUUGUUUGUCACAAGUUUCCAUGAUAUCAAUCUCGCGAUGAGCAACGUAAACGCCGGCCAGUUAGCACUGGACCUUUUUACGGCGCCACCAUCUGCUCAGAUCAGUCAAGACCACCUAUUUGACGAAGCGAGGGUGUGCUUGCCCAAAAUCUACGGCUCCGCGUACCCGGUGGAGGAGUACAUGGAUGACAUAGAGAACUAUCGAGCUCUGAACCUGAUUAACAAAUGUCAGAAGCUGAAGCUGGCUAUUCUAAGUCUCGGUAUUGCUUCGAAAGAUGGACCAAUCGAGCAGACGGCAGUGAAGUCCAUCGCUGCUCAAAUCGAGAACCUAGGCAUGGAAUUUUGCGACCUCAUCGCGAUGUCCCGGGUCCUUAAGGCUUCCGGAGGUCGAAGGGUUGUUUAUACAAUAUACUUUGCCGUUAUGGAAUACGAUGGGGUGAAGAUCCUGCACUCAUGCCUCGAACCACAAAGUACUCAGCCUCUCGACACCGUUUUGGCGGAUCUACUGGACAUGGCGCAUAAGUUACUGGCGGAAAACCCGAAGCUGAUCUACAGGUGUCUGUGGUCUCUCACGAUUGCGUUACUUAAGACACGCGAUCCUAUCCACCGCGAUUGGAUCCGAAUCCAGCUUUCACGAGCAGGAAGCCUUAUUCCAUACCCUGCCAUCCCUGGCCAGCAUCUGCAAGAAGUCGAACUGCGCGACAACCCUUUCCUUGCCUAUGAUCUCCCACACUUCACAGAGCGUCUCCUACUAUAG